ACGACGCGAUCACACCAAAGUGUUGUUUUUAUUCAUGUAAAUUAUAUUUUAAAAACAUUUAUUUAUAUUUUAGUGCAUUUCUGUAAUAAAUCAGUGAAUAUUUAUCAUUAAAAGUUUUCUAUAAUACUCUUUCAACAGUAUUUGUUUGUUUAUUACCUUUUCAAAAUGAUUGCACUAGAUUCACCAUCAAAAUUGAAAAAAUCGCCAAAGAAAUCUGUGGUACAAGCACCUAUUGUUAAAACAGAAGGAAGCGAUUUUGAUGAUCAAGAAGAUUCAGAUGCAUCUGAAGCUGGGACUGACAGUCCAAAUGAAGAAAUGGAUAUUCGCGAAAAUUUGAGUAAUGAAGACCAGUCAAGUUCUGGAGAUGAUGGAGAUGAGUCUGAUAGAAAUGAAGAGGAUGAAGAAUCAAAUGAUGCAAUUGACAAAUCUAAGGCUAAUCAUGGUUGGGCAAAUGCCAUGAAAAAAGUUUUAAAUACCAAAAAACCAAAACGAAAGAAGUCUAUUGUCUUAUCAAAGGCAAAAAAACUAAAUGAGGUUUUAUCAAAGACAAAAGAAGAAGUUGUACCGUUUGAAGUUGAAGGCAAAGAUGGUACAAUUAAGAAAGAAACUAUUAAGAAAGAAGAAGAAGGGAGUACAACUAGUAAAGAGUCAAAGAAACACAAAAGAAAAGACUUGGGCAUUAGAGUAAAACCAUCUGUCUUAGACAGGGAACGAGAAAGACGCUUACAGAAAAUAGCUACAAAUGGUGUGGUUCAGUUAUUUAACGCAGUUAGGCAACAGCAAAAUGAAAUUGAAAAUAAAUUGAUUGAAGCUGGUCCAUUAGAGAGAAAACAAGAAAAAGCUUUGAAAAGUAUUGACAGGAAAGCUUUUUUGGAUGUUUUGAUGGGUGGUACCAACAAAUUGGUAGAAGUUGGCAAAGGUGAAUCGAAGGAGGAAAAGCAAGAAGACAAAGUUAAUGAUAGUAGUAGAAAAGAUAAUAAAAUAUGGAGUGUUCUAAGAGAUGAUUUUGUUAUGGGGGCAAAAUUAAAAGACUGGAACAAACAUGAUACCGAUGAAGAUUCAUCUGCACCAGAAGAAAUGGAUAGCGAUUAAGUUAUACA